AUGCAAUAAUAAUCAAUAUCAGAUUUCGAUAAUCUUGAACAAGAACAUUAGUUGAUUGAUUAGGUUAAUUAAAAGUCAAAAUCAGCGAAAUUUAAAUAGUAUAAAUAAGGACAAUAUUAUGGAGAUAUUUAAAACAAUGUUCGACAUGGAUAUGGACUCAUGACAUAUCAGGAUAGAUAUUAUAUUGGAUACUGGAAGAAUGAUAAAAAGCAGGGGUUCGGUAAGGAAGUACUGGACAAAGGGGAUUCGUAUGAAGGCCAGUUUGAUGAUGGAAAACCUAAUGGCGAAGGCACGUUGGAAACUGCAAAUGGAAUAUAUUCAGGGUAGUGGGUCUAUGGAAUUAAAUAGGGGUUUGGCAAAUGGAGAGGAAACAACAAUGAAGUCUAUUCAGGAGAAUGGAAAUUAAACAAAGCUAAUGGGUAUGGAAGAUAUGACUAUUAAGAUGGAGGAUGGUAUGAAGGUGAGUUCAAGGAUUAUCUUAAAUAUGGCAAAGGCAAAGAAAGUUAUGCCAAUGGAGAUUUUUACGAUGGGGAUUUUGUUAAUGAUAAACCUGAAGGAUUUGGAGUAUAUAGAUGGUCUGAUGGUUCAUCCUAUCAUGGUACACUUUCUAGUGGAGUCAGACAUGGCAAAGGCUAUUGGAUGAAGAACGAUGACCCUUAGAAUCACGAGAGUUAUGACGGAUAAUAUGUUAACGAUUUGAAAUCAGGACAUGGGGUUUAUAGGUGGUCAAGUGGAAAUGUAUAUUAAGGGGAAUUCUUUAAUGAUCAUAGACACGGAUUUGGAGAAAUGAGAUGGGCUGAUGGUUCUUAUUAUAAAGGUUAAUUUUAUAAUGGGCAAAUGUGUGGAGAAGGGGAAUUGAAGAGAAACAAUAAACCUGUUAUUUAUGGAUACUUUGAAAGUAAUAAACUGGUUAAAGAAUAAAAAUAGAAGUCAAUUCCUAAAACUAUUAAUUAUAGUGCAAAUCAUAGUUAUGAUGAGAGAAAAAAUUAUUAUACACUUCAAUAAUCAUCUUUUAAUUAACAAUAAAAUACUUAACAACUUUAGAAAUUUCAUUUUAAGUCUGAAUCUAUUGAACCCAUUUCCAAGUAAGUUAAAAAGAAUUGUAAUAGUUCGAUAAAUGACAAUCAAAACCAAUUUCAUUAAAAUAGGUUUAAAAUCUCCAUUGAUUUUGAGGAUCAUUAAGGAAUCUCUGCUCAUUAAAAAUUCAAGACGAUAAGUGCAACAAAUCGACCUUUUUAAUCCCAGCAAGAGGGUCUAUUAUAAAUGACUAAUUAAGGUUAAUCUAUAAAAAAAGUUGUGAUUGAUAGUGUAAAAUUUAAGAGAAGCCAAAAUUCUUUUCGAUUAUAAUCAUUAAACUAAUCUACAAGGCAAACCUCAAAUUCUCUUCCAAAAUAAUCAAUAAACUGA